CCCAUCCUUUCUCCGGGCCCCUCCUACCUGCAGCCUUUGGGGCUCGACGGGACUAACUGCCCGGCAGAGAACCCGGCCGCCGAGCCCCGCCCCCCCGGCGCCGGGCUGUUCCCUAGGGUCCGCGCGAGGCAUACCCUCUCCACCCCACCUGCAGCGGGCUCGCUUGCUGCCCGCAAACCUCCGUCCUCCGAAAGACACAGGGUCUGGCCCUCGCGUCUUCCCGCCCCCGCGUCAACUGCAGGGGCCCCGCACAUAGCCAGUUCCGGGGCGGUUGCUCGCACCGACCGGAACUCCCCGCCCCCUCCCGUGGCCGCGGGGCCGUGGGAGGCAGCAAGGAGGAGGUAGAGGGGGCGGAGGCCGCGGCACUGAACUGAGCUCUUGACGGGCAUCAUCUCUUAAUCCUCAGAACAUCCCAGGGAGGGUCCCCUAUCCUGGGCCAUGAGUGAGCUGAAGGACUGCCCCUUGCAGUUCCACGACUUCAAGUCUGUGGACCACCUGAAGGUCUGUCCCCGCUACACAGCAGUGUUGGCCCGCUCUGAGGAUGAUGGCAUCGGUAUCGAGGAGCUGGACACUCUGCAGCUGGAGCUUGAGACCCUGCUUUCUUCUGCCAGCCGACGCUUGCGGGUGCUUGAGGCCGAAACCCAGAUCCUCACCGACUGGCAGGAUAAGAAAGGUGACCGACGAUUCCUGAAGCUGGGUCGAGACCAUGAGCUUGGUGCUCCCCCCAAACAUGGGAAGCCCAAGAAGCAGAAACUGGAAGGGAAGGCAGGACAUGGGCCGGGCCCUGGCCCUGGGCGACCCAAAUCCAAAAACCUUCAGCCCAAGAUCCAGGAAUACGAAUUCACUGAUGACCCAGUCGACGUGCCACGUAUCCCCAAGAAUGACGCCCCCAACAGAUUCUGGGCUUCGGUGGAGCCCUACUGUGCCGAUAUCACCAGUGAGGAGGUGCGCACGCUAGAGGAGCUACUGAAACCCCCAGAAGAUGAGGCUGAACAUUACAAGUUCUCUCUAGAGAUAUCAGCUGUCAACGGAAAAGGUCCAUGUACACGCACCAUUCUGCACCUUACAUCUUGGAAAUUGUUCUGUAUUGCCGUCUGUUUCAGUUCCAUUCCGCCCCUGGGGAAGCACUACUCCCAGCGCUGGGCACAGGAGGACCUGCUGGAGGAGCAGAAGGACGGGGCCCGGGCAGCAGCCGUGGCUGACAAGAAGAAAGGCCUCAUGGGGCCACUGACUGAACUGGACACGAAAGAUGUGGAUGCCCUGCUGAAGAAGUCUGAGGCCCAGCACGAGCAGCCGGAAGACGGGUGCCCCUUUGGUGCCCUGACGCAGCGACUCCUGCAGGCCUUGGUGGAGGAAAAUAUUAUUUCCCCCAUGGAGGACUCUCCUAUUCCAGACAUGUCUGGAAAAGAAUCGGGGGCUGACGGGGCAAGCACCUCUCCCCGCAACCAGAACAAACCCUUCAGUGUGCCGCAUACCAAGUCCCUGGAGAGCCGCAUCAAGGAGGAGCUGAUCGCCCAGGGCCUGCUGGAAUCUGAGGACCGCCCUGCAGAGGACUCGGAGGACGAAGUUCUGGCGGAGCUGCGCAAACGGCAGGCCGAGCUGAAGGCGCUCAGUGCCCACAACCGCACCAAGAAGCACGACCUGCUGAGGCUGGCAAAGGAGGAGGUGAGUCGGCAAGAGCUGAGGCAGCGGGUCCGCAUGGCAGACAAUGAGGUCAUGGACGCCUUCCGCAAGAUCAUGGCUGCCCGGCAGAAGAAGCGGACCCCCACCAAGAAGGAGAAGGACCAGGCCUGGAAGACUCUGAAGGAGCGUGAGAGCAUCCUAAAGCUGCUGGACGGGUAGUUCUCACCCCUGCCUCAGGCUGCCUCCCCCUGGCUUGGGAGGGGGAGGCCCACUUCCUUCUUUGGGCUGCCAGAAGCCUCAGCCUGUGGCUGCCUGUCUAACGGCGACAGUCUCUAGAAGCUGUGACCAUUUCCUGAGGUCUUUUGGCCCAGCUCUGUACAGCCAGGACACGAGAGGCCCUGCUGGGCUGGCCUGGGGCCCAGUCUCUGCUUGGUCCCCCAAGAUGGGGGGGACUUCAUUUCUGGGUUGUCCUCGUCCCCCUCUUCACCAUCUCCCACUCCCCUACCCCUUUCACCCUCAAGGACUUCUCCCUUGUGGUUUUGUAAAGUACAAACUUAAGAAUAAAGUGACUGAUGUGGGUUUUUUUUAAAAGCA